AUGGUCACCCACUUGAGCAUUUCAGACCCAUCCUUACCCAAUGCUGCUGCCAAGGGCGAAAGGCCAGUGUGGACCAGCGGAUUGUGCUCCAAAGCAACUGGGCUGGAAGAUUUUUGGCAGUUGCCCGAUGCGAUCCGAUGGCGAAGAGAUCAACCGCCUGAGCAAAACCGCCGUAGCUACACGCACUCUGGCGUCACAGUCAGUCAGGAGUCUUUGGAGCAAGCAAUGGCUGCUGUGAUGGAGGAGCAGUACCCACACGUGUUCGGUUCUCCACAGGCAGCGCGGAUCCGGAUCACGGGCAAAUCGCCGCACUCAGCCUCAACCUCGAAGAGGCGGCAGAAAUGCCUGGGCAUCGGGUGGAUCGACGGUGAGCCCUACGUUGAUUUCUGGCCGGGUGACCGCUUGGCACCAGACAUGUCGACGGCGAAGCGUCAAUCCGUGGUGGAAGCUGCAGGAUGGUGUAAGAAGGCACCAAAGGUGGCAUUGGCAGAGGUUGCGAAGAUCAAGGAUGGCACCGGGUUUUGUCCAGUGCUGGGCAGUGGGAAAACGCUCCAAGUCUCAUCUGGCUUCAGCGGGUUGGACGCCUCAUCCCGGGCAUGCGAGAUCUUGGAGAAAAACGUGGACGGCGCGGUGAAGUUCAAUUUCGCCUUGGACGUUCUGGACUCGAGCACGAGGAAGAAAAUGGAGGCCGCACAAGGUGUUGAGGAGAUCCUUGGGGUUCUCAACGAGCCCACAGUUGUGUGGCAGACGCACGCCAGAUGUUUGAAGCAUCCCUUGGAGGACAUGAGCGGUGUCUCUUGCAAGGACGAUAGCAGAAGUGGCAGCAUGAAGCAGAACAAUGGCGACGGAAGACGAGCUGCCCUUACUCACUGGAGGUAUCAGAUUCACUCGAAGACAAAGCUGUGCGUUUCUGAGAAUGUGGUGACUGGUUGUGUCCAUCGCCUUUGCACGGAGACCUUUGCAAAGGGAGGAUACAGCAUGAGAAUCAUCCACACAUCGCCGGACGAUUCUGGCUAUGGGGCAGUAAAGCGCUACCGUGGUUGGACUGGGACUCAGUGGAUCCCAGUGGCAAUAGAAACAGCAGGUCUCCUGAAACCAGAAUACUCUACGGACAUCUACGACGAAAUGAAGAAGGAGCUCAGCCAAUGCCAGGUACAAAUCCCAGAUCUCUAUUGGUGUGAAGACGAAAAGGUUGUCUGCGGAGCGGAAGCGGUGCGCAACGAAGAACAGGCAAUGGUGAUACUGGCCACACUGGCCUCGAUCGAGCUGUUCGAGGAUGCAGCUCUGCCCCCAUGCUUGGACCACAAGUACAAGAUCAUCAAGGUCGCCCCUGACGGGGCUUGUUUUUGGUCAUGCCUGUGGCUUGCCACGCAAGCCACGAUCGAUGAGAUUGCAUCCUGGUACAUCCGACCGCGGGGUGAAACUGGGUUUGCCACAGGCACCAUUGACAGCCGAAGGGAAUCAGUUGUGGUCUGGACGUGGGUUUCGGGCUUGAAGGACAUGCCACCAGACUGUCGUGAACGAUUUGGAAGACAUGCUUCUGCAGAGGAACCAGAUAUUGCCUGGGCUGCCAACACGUUGGGCGUUGGCAUUUUCGUGCUGACUGGAGGUCUGAAGCAGGGAGCGCAAGCAACACAGGUCUUCAAUGGCGAUGCGACUGACAAGAUCUGGCUGGUAUCUCAUCCAGUGACGGAUGGGGCUGGACAUGUGGCACCACACUUUUCUUUGGUCAGUAAGGCGGAUUGGUAUGAUCUCCUGGAUGAUGACGAUCCUAUGGAUCACGCUGUGGACAAGGAUUGGAUCUGGAUGCGGCACGGGCUCUACGAGUUGCAUGAUCUUGCCGGAACCAAUGCAGCAUCUAAGCCAGAGCUGCCGAAAGAGGAGGCUAAGAAAGCUGUGACAGAGGAUCUGAAAAAGGAUGAGAACUAUGCAGGGUGGGUCUCGUGUUUCUCUGAGAAGCUUUGGGAAGAGUAUCAGGGGAAACAUGGGGUGAGCAGCAGCAACCAUGGACCCAAUACGGUUUUCCAAUUGAGCAUGGCCGACCUGGAUCCCUUAGAAGUCAGACAAGAAGAUUUCGGAAAUGAUGCAAAGUUUACCUUGGAAAGUGUGUGCUUUUUGCUGGACUACCGGGAUUCCGAAAGCUUGACGCUCCCGAGCUCAAACGUUCAAGAGCUACGUAAGGUUGCUCGAGGUGAAUACGGAUUCUCCGUAGCAAAGACCCAGGUGAAGAAGCACCUUCUGAUUUCGAUGUUGGUGAAACGGAAAUGCAAAGCAGAGCCAAAGGAUAAGGAAAAAAAUGGGAAAAAGGAGAAAGACAAGGAAAAGCAAAAAGACAAGGAGCACAAGGAGCACAAGGAGCACAAGGAGCACAAGGAGCACAAGGAGCACAAGCAGAAAGACAAGGAGAAAGACAAGGAGAAACACAAGGAGAAAGACAAGGAGAAAGACAAGGAGAAACACAAGGAGAAACACAAGGAGAAAGACAAGGAGAAACACAAGGAGAAAGACAAGGAGAAAGACAAGGAGAAACACAAGGAAAAAGCAAACGUGGCACCAGCAGUAGCAAAAGCACAACCUUCUUCAAGCAACAAGUCGCUUCCUGCAAUGGGAUCCAAAUCUGAGCCACAAACGCCUCCCGCAGAUGCUAUGUUAGUGGUUCCUCAAUCGGUGAAAAAGGAGCCAGUGACUCCAAAGGCUCCCAAAGACAGCGAGGCAGCAAAAGCACCUGAACAACAGCAGAAGUUCAAGCGCAAACCAGCGAGCAAUGAGUCAAUCACAGCAGCAGCAAGCAAGGAAAAAACAAAGACUGGUACAGCAGAAGCUGAACAAGCACAGGUGCUGGAAGAGCUCCCUGUGAACUCCAUGCCGCAAGAAUACAUCAUCCUAGUACAAAUUCCAGCAGAUGAACCACUGGGAAAGUCUGAUGAUGACUUUUGCAACACCCGUGUAUCGUCCUUCAGCCUUGAUGGGGAAAUGGUGGCCGAGAACUUUCCAGCUUUCAUUGUACCAAAUGGAAAGCUAGGUACCCUGAAGGGAGGAAUGCUAUUUCUCGACGAUUUUAGAUCUCCUCUCAGCUCUGAGCAAGUUUCUGGUUUAGCGGUGGAAUGCGCGCAACAAACCCUGGAUCGUAGAAGGAGCUCUGAGGAAUGUGCGGAUUCCAAAAGGAAAAAGCAAAGGCAAGAGGACCAGGAGUACAUUCAGAACUUGCAGCAAUCUUGUCAGGAGAGACUAGCAAAAAAAGCACAUGAUGGUGAGAAAUUGGAGAUAUGGAAAAAGAUCUUUCAGCGUCUUACUGCAGCAGAUAGCAACAGAGGGGACAAACCUGAAGAGAUGCGGUGGUGUGAUUACUUCAAGGACCUAGUUCAGCUGGAUGAUUUGGACACUCCAAGGGCAUUUCUCUCAAGUACUCUGGAUCGGGAGGAUGCAGUGAUCCAAGUCGGGGUUUACGUCUCUUCUCUCAAAAAAGCUCUUUCAACAGCUUCUGUGUUUGUCGAGAGGUCGCAGAGGCAGGUGUUGAGAAGACAGAUGAAAAUCGAGAAAAGGGAGAACCGAUUGAAGGCAAAGGUUGCACUGCACUUUCAAAACCCUGCAGAAGUUGAAGCACAGAAGGAAAAGAGGAAACGAAGGAGGCAACACUGGCAUAACCGGAAAGCACUUUUGAAGAAAGUGCCAGUGGCGAGAAGGCGAGGAAACUACAGGAAAACAAUCGACGAGGGAAAGUUUGAAGAGGAAUUGAAAACACGAAGGCGAACCAUUUUCAUUCAGCAGAAGCUGGAAGUUGUCAACUACUGGAAAAAGCUUCGGAAGGAAAAGAAGGAAUGUGAGGAAACAGUCCAAGAACCCAGGCCUGCGAUGGCUACCAGGGCUGAGUUAGUCAAGUUCUUCCAGGCCAAGAAGGAAGCCAGAAAGAAACUGAAAAACAAUCUCCAGAAGUUAUGCCGUGAGAAAUUUCCAGACCUAGUCAGGAAAUGUUCAGUGGUACGUUGGGUCAGGACUGCGGAGGAAGAGCUGUGGGAACAGCUACCUGAUUCUAUUAGGUCCAGAUCUUGUGAAACCAGCAAUGAGUGGAGAAGAAAGAUUGGGGCUCCACUGAAAGGUCGAAAGGAAGGAGGCACUGUGCCAUGGAUCUUGCAAAAGGAGUUAGACAUGCUGAUGGUGGAGGCUUCAAGCGGAUUGAGUGAUGUCACAGAGAGAAAAGAGAUGGUGACAGUAGAAAAUGUUGCUGUCACCAUAUGCAGUUUGAUCGAUGACUGGAACUCGGCUAUCCCAAAGAUGUCCCAGCUGGUGCAACAGCACAACCAGGAUGUCCGGGAUCGAUACGAAAGCGGGGAGCUAUCUGCAGAAACUCCCCUGUGCUACAAAGUCCGAUCUCUUGCUGGACAACGCGCCAAGAAGGCCAAGGUUGGAAGUCGAAUCGACAAGAAGCUGCACAGCAUCCGCGGAGCCAGAAGAUCCAUCACAGUACUGACCUCAUCAUUUUCAGAUGGAGCCCCUGGCCCGGUUGCUUUUUGCUUGCCGGAAGGCAAGAUCUCUCCUCAAGAGGCUCUGGCAUUUAACCGUGCCAACCACGGCAGAGCAUACGUUUUGACCAGUGGCACGGACAGUCAUUUCAUGACGGGUGAAGUGUUGGCAGUCCUUCUCGAUCAGUUAAUUUCCCCAGCCUUGGAAAAGCAAAGACUCAAGUAUGGGCUCAACAAAGAGGAGCACAGAGCCGCAUUGCUGUGCGAUGCCUGGACAGGCACAUUUUCGACGGCUGCCGGCCUGGAUCUUCGAAGGCCAUUCAUUGGAUUGGGUUUCGAAACGCUGGAUUUGCGUUCGAACGGCCAGGUGAACUCCACGGUGGCCAAAUAUCCCGAGAUCAUGAGCCUCACUGCUGAUGCUUGGUUUGAGGUGGACGCCAGAACCUUCCAGGCCAGUUGGAUCACAACUGGCUACUUUGAAGCCAGCCACUUCUUGGAUGUGGCCAACACACCGGUGGCUAGUGUCGAGUCACUGGAAGAGGCACACAAAGUCCUUGAUCCCACCGGACUGCUAGCCGGCACGGCACUUUCAGGCACUCCGCAGUAUUGCACGACUUUUGAAUGGAGGAUUCAGGAUGAAAAAGAUAAAAACACCUGGUUGCCUUUGCCUUAUGAGAUGGCUCAUGCCAUAGUGCGUACUCUGUGCAGCCAUGCACAUCAGUGGAGAUUAGCCCGGCAAGAGCUGCAAAAGCAAAAGGACCAGGACGCUUCGGGUUGCAAGCCAAAGACCAUCAAGGCCCAAAAGGCUUUUGACUCACUGGUCAAGACUGAUCGCUAUGUGGUCAUGAACAAGCGGACAGGUUGGUGUGCUACCAAAGAUUGGCUUUCUCGACAUGUCCAGCUUUCAGAGUCGGGGUACCCUUCACUGAAGAAGAAGGAUUCGAAGUGUCAGAUGUGGGUGCUGACCGUCCGCAUCGUUCUCGACGGUAGUUCCUUGCGGGAUCUGAAGUUCCAGGCUGGGCAAGGGAAGAACUUUCGAAACGUGAGAUGCUUUGAUCUCCCGAACGGCAAGUGGAAGUUUCAUCUGACCAGCAUAGCCAGUGGCUAUGAGCAUGUGUUUGGGAAGGAUGGUGAACAGUCAGCACUCUCCGGCGAUGAUGCGGAUGGGAAUUCCGAUGCUGAAAGCUGUGCAACAGUGGGGGACGAAGCGGGUCAAACAGCUGCGCAUAUGUCGGCUCUGCAGAUGGAUCCAGCUCCGGCAGCGGAGCCAAACAAACAUGAACCCAAGGUGUGGCUUGGCGGUGGCACUUUCGGAGUUCCAUACCAAGAUACUGAGCCAUUUGGCAGCGAUGCUGAGAUGGGUGACGGUGAGCCAUUUGAUGAGAAUAACAUGUUUGUAUCCAUCUCAAAGAAACAUGUUCCUCCGUGCUUCUUUGAAAGAGAAGCGUACUGCACGCUAAGUAAGCAAGGUCUGUGUGAUCUCCCGGAGUGUGGAGAUUUCAAGUUGUCUUAUCACAGCGUGUCAUGUCAGUGGCAUGCAAUGUGGGGAUCAAGCAACUAUGCCCCGAGCUGGGGUAAGAUCCGAUCUGAAAUCAAGGCGUUGCUCCUUGUUUUAAUUCGAAUCUGGAAGGAGCAUGUGUCCACGCUUGCCGAGCAAGAUGCUGCUCCUGCAAAAGAAUAUUUGCAUAGACUCGAGUCCUACUCAGAGGACAUUUCGUUUUGA